UGACAGAUUGUUGGCCGGUGAGCUCUGAUGUGAGCAACAGUGCUGCAAGUAUCUUACAUUUCCAAAAUCAACUUACUAUCAUUGGAUAACCGGCCAAACAAUAUAAUUCUGAUACCACAUUCUACCUCAGACAAAAGAUUGCAAACCGACUGCUCCGCGAGGGCUAGCUGUGAUAUAGACCUCGAAAGCCUACCUUGUGAUAGUCUGUGUGGACUGUGUACUAUUUAUUCUUUACGGGAUACAUUAUUCAAUACUGAGUUAUAUUCGUCUUAAUUUAUAACAGUGAUCCUCCGAUCGGGAAAAUGAACAUGUUGAUGUGUUGUGAGACAGAACAGCUCCGGAGAGCUUACAAGGACCCAGUGUUACUUGAAGAUGAUCGUGUUCUCAACAACUUGCUAAUCACCGAAGAUCGAUAUCAGCCAUCGCCAACAUACUUCAAAUGUGUACAAACAGACAUUAAACCUUACAUGAGAAAAAUGGUGGCCGAAUGGAUGCUAGAGGUCUGUGAAGAACAAAAAUGCGAAGAGGAAGUAUUUCCAUUAGCUAUGAAUUACUUGGACAGAUUUUUAUCAGUUAUGGACAUUCCAAGGAAUAGACUACAACUUCUUGGAUGUGUGUGCAUGUUUCUGGCUUCAAAGUUAAAGGAAACGAAUCCGUUGACUGCAGAAAAAUUGAUCGUCUACACUGACAAUUCUGUUGGAAUCGAGGAAUUAAUGGACAUGGAAUUAAUUGUUCUUAAUAAACUAAAAUGGGACCUAUCAGCUGUAACACCACAUGACUUUCUCGAACAUGUGCUAAGUAGGCUUUGUAUGGACAAAGAAAAGUGUGAACUUAUCAAGAAACACGCUCAGACGUUCGUGGCACUGUGUUCAACUGAUUGUAAAUUUAUGAUGUACCCGCCUUCCAUGAUUGCUGCCGGCAGUGUCGGGGCCGCCGCACAUGGUCUUCUAAAAACCAAUGACCUCAAUGUACAGUUACUACAGAGACUGCACGACAUCACAAGCAUAGAUGUGGACUGCCUGCGGUCGUGUCAGGAACAAAUUGAACAGACGCUAGCUACAAAUUUAUCCAGUAUGGCGCAAACAUCGGAAGCGCCAAUGGUGAAAGUCGAUCAUCACCAUCACCACCAUUUGGAGGGUCAACCCACAACCCCAACUGACGUCCAGGAUAUUGUGUUUUAAUUUCUAAAAACAAAAAAGAGACAAAACUUUUUGUUCCAAUCGCUGCCAAGAAACUUCUGCAUUUUGAGUCGAACCAACGAAUAUAUUGUGUAUACGAACUUUUGAAGUGUUUUCUACCUACGACCAGGAGCAUUCGUUUCUACUGCUCCCAAUGAAUGUGACGCCACAAUUGAGGAACCCGAUGUUGUCGAACAUAAUUGACGUCACGUGGUUUCGUGUUCAGACUUUUUCUCAUAAAACGUCACCAAGUUUGGGCGUUAACAUGUGGCAUCAGAGUAUUAUGUGUUCAAAAAAUGUGAUAAAAAUAAUGUAGCCUUUCCGAUGUCACUGCUAACGUUCAACUUGGUAUCAUUUCAUUCUCUUGUCUCAAUUUCGAAGGGACCAAAAACCCCUGCGAAAAUGUUUUCCGAAGUCUUGUUAUCGACAAAGGCGUUCAAGCCUUUUGAUAUGUUAUUGUAUAUAAUGUUAUAUUAAGUUUUCAUGUUUCAAAAUGCCAUUGACACAAAAUAAUCAUUAUUUUCGCAAAUUCUACCCUUCCCCUUAAAUGUUGUGUACGUUACCUCGGUCAUAGAUAUUCACCAUUUCAAUUAGAUCAGUUAACUUCAUGAAAAUUUUCAAAUUUUUAUUAUUUUCUUUUUUAAGUCUGCAUCGGCUUUUAUUUUGUUAAAUUGUGAUUUUUUUUUCCAGAGCAAAAAUUGCAAAUAGUGGAUUUAUAGGACCGUGGGACCAAUUAGUGCUAUAGAAUGAAUGGUUUUGUCGAGAUAGCCAUUGUGUUUUCGAGUGCAACACGGGACAGGGUGCUAGAAUAGAGGCAUAUUUAACGUUCUGCUAGAUAUCAACAUCAUCCCGAUCGAAAUUUUAAGAAAAAAAAAAAUUCAUCCACUCAUCUGAAAAGAAAACGAUGAAACCAGUUCAGGUCUCUCGUGAAAUGUGUUCAAAUAUAUAUUUAUUUUAUAUUUAAGUUAAAAUAUUUUUUCAACUUAGUUGGAAAACGAUGCAUUUUUGAUAUUUUGAAUUAAUUUAUUUAUUAUUGAAGACCGGAGUAUUUGAAGUUCGUUGUAACCCUUUCGUGCAGGAGAGCGUGGUAUUUGUGCCAUUUUAUUUGCUUAUGAAAAUUUAAAAUAUUUCUAUUUGUGAUAAAAAAAACUAUCCCAAACUAUCUUACCUCUGAUUAUUCAUAGAAAGUUUGGAAACUUGGGUACGAAUUAUCGGUAUGUUUCUACCUCGGUUCGUCCUAUCAACCCCGUAACUGAAAGUAACCUGACAGACUAACGCCGCAGUCGCCUAGAAGACGGAAAGCGGCUCUACGAUACAAGAUAUAUUUUUGUGUGAUGAAAUGCCUAUCCAUUUAUUAGUAUGUAUGCUGAAAAUCCAAUCUAUUUACUAUUUUACUUUGCUGAAGAAGAGAACUUGUAUUUAUUUUUUUUAACUGAUUGCCCAGUCGUGUGUGUUAUAACAGUAUAUCGGAGCGCUGAGCCUAGUUAACAUAUAGGGCAGUUUGGGGUAGGCCGGUCCCCAUAGGCAAGGCCUGUGUUUUUAGAACACAGGAUUUGUAUUGUUUAACAGGGGGCGCUCUGUUACACUUUUUUUUAUCCCGCUUUAUAUUUUUGUCGCAGUAUUUUUUUUAUUUUACAUAAAAAAGAUUAAGUCUGAUAGGCAGUGGCAAUGGAUAUGAUAGAAAUAUUGUCUUUCAAGGUAAAACUGCAAAGCUAUAACGUCUGUGAUAGAAUAUAUUAAUAAACUCUAGUGUACCGAACAGACUUUCGAGUUGACUGGUACAGAUCUUGUAAAUUUUCGUUUUGCGAGAGUCACAAGCCCGAUUGUAUGGAUUAUAUAGUGGAGUAUAAAUGUGAGCAAUACUGAGUUUGAAGGCGAAUGUUGGGAAUACAUGAAGCUAAAGGAGACGUGGAAAACAUCUUGUAGAAUUGUCAGUGAAUCAAAUCGUUAUGUAUUAUCUUUCGACAAGUUCAACACCACCAACAAGUGUUACUUCUAUCGUUCAUCUAUGUUAUAUUUUCAUGAUUUUUUGUAUAUUAGAAAAAAAUAUGCAUUUUUUAUUUGAAAAGAUAAUCGAUUGAUAUAUUAAAGAAAAUGAAUUAUGUUAAUUCUAUAGAUUUGUUGACCACGUGCUCCAUGGUGUAUGAGAGAAAUGGUCUUCGGGUACAAUACGGAGAUCGGUUUCGAUUUUAGACAGUCGGGCCAUAUCGGGUGUGAUUUGUCAGAGGGUGUGGUUUUUGUACCUUUCCUGUGUGAAAGGAGGGACCAAAAGUUUGGGACGGGGGACAGAUUUGCCGCCCCCUAUACCAAAAAAACAAACUGAGCUAUUUUGUUUUAUAGAAAGCAAUAAAAUGAAAUGUUCAAAAAUUCAAAA